AGGCGAGGGAGGAGGAGGAGGAAAGUCAGGGUGACAGAAGAAGGCUGACACAUAGGAGAGACAACCAGGAUUGCAGAAGCACCGUCACCUCUCUGCACCCAGGAUGGUGAAGAUGAGAGGAAACGAUCCGAACGUUCUGCAGAAGAUGGAGCGUCUCUGAACGUGCACCUCUCUCCAGCCCAGCAGCUGAGACGCUGACGAGUUUAGCUUCGUCUGGACUGAAACCUGCAGCUGGAACACGCGUCGACUUCUGUCUUUGUGGCUGAUUUGACAUUUUAACAGCGACCCUGAGAACUGGAUGUUGUCAGCCGGGACGUUUGUUUCUUCUGCUCCUGACGGGACAGGAAGGACUCCGCCUCAGGCCUUUAUCCUGUCCAGGAGUGGAGGGUCUGCCCAUCAGCUGCAGAGCGGAGCGGCAUCUUCGAUCGCUGCAAAGCUCCACGUUUGUUUCCUGACUGGUUUACAACCAGUCGACUGGGCAGUUUUAUAAAAGCAGAGUCGGGAUGAAGUCACGACACGUCUCUGCCUGCAGGAGACGCAAUCAUAACAAGACGUCGUCGUCCUCGUAGGAAGACACCCGCCCAGCCAUCCUUAGUCCUCAGUAAAAACACUUUCAUGCAAACGGGAUGCAUCAACGUUAAACGGCGUGUCGGAGCGCGGCCACACUCAGGAGCAAACCCACGGGCGUAAGUCAACACCAGGAAGGACUUUGGUUUCCUAAUCUUCACUUCCUGCUGCAACAAAGGAAGGGAAGGGAAGCUGGCAGGCGGACGUCAGAACCUGUCCUCUGGUUUCCGGCCCCCAGACCUGGACCCGGUCCGUUCAACUCCUGCUGCAGGCCGCGGCGUUGAUCACCGCUGCUUCAUCAGGCCUCGUUUUCAGACCCAUCAACAUGUUUUAACACGAGAAACAAAAAGCUGAAACUCUGGAUGUUUUGGGAGUCUUUCAGCUGGUUUGGUUGGUUUUUUUCCCGGAAGUUGAGGUUUUUGUUUCUUUAGUUCAAGUAAAAGGUCGAUUUUAGAAACUUUACGUGACUUUUCAUCGUGAUGUGGGAUUAAACUCAGCUGAAAUCUGCUGAUUCAUCAUGUAAAACGUGCCAGUAUGGGACAAAUCCUGGGCACUAGACGUGAAUGAGUGUUUGUGAUGUCAGGCGACAAUGCACAGCACCUGAUGCCUCUCGCACAGCUGCAGGUCUAAAUGUGGACCCGGCCCCAUAGCGAGAGAAAAAUUAAAGAAUGGGAUUAAAGCUGGAUUAUCACUGAAACACCAAAGCAGCUGCCUUCAUCUGGACACACAACCGAUUUGUAGAUUACGCUCAUCGCGGAUGAGGUAGCCUCUUGUGUGGCUGGGAUUAAAACAGACAGAUGGAGAACAUGAACGAGCUGGAGCACCCUCUUCUGGGGGAAAACACCUGUAACAACCGAGUAUCUGGGUCAGGACCUGGACCUGGACCUGCUCAGGUGGGGCUGUUUAAAGGCAUCCUGGUGAAAUGUGAGGAGGAUAGAGCCUACCCUCCUUUAGCCUGGAGGAGUUACUGUGGACAUCCUCCUGAGCUUCAGCAGCAGCAGCUCCUGGACCCUUGCUCUCUACCCCGCACCCUAGAGUCCUUUUACCCAGCCGCCCCCGUUUGGGGCCAAGCAGACUCUCUGGUCAACAAGGACUACCUGGAGACCACGUUUGUGGACAUUCGACCUGGAUCAACACUGGAGAGGAAGCUGCCGGCUGAAACGCAUGACUUCCCGAGCAUGGACGAUGAAGAAGACCUGCUUCCUGACUCUGAUGACUCAUCGAUGGAAGGUCUGAGUGACACGGACAGCGAGAGCAACUUUCCUCUGAUGAUCCCUCAGGACUACCUGGGUCUGGCCUUCUUCUCCAUGCUCUGCUGCUUCUGGCCGCUCGGCAUUGCCGCCUUCUACCUGUCCCAGAAGGUACGCAGACUAACAAGGCUUCGGCUCAGGGAGAUUUUCAGGGGGCCAACGCAGCCUCUCGCCAGGCUCUGUGGCUCUCUGUGCUCUCCAUCAUGUUCGGAAUCAUCACCUACAUCUGCGCCAUUGCCGCCUUGAUCUCAUACCUGUCUGCAAAACCUCCAUAAGUCCAGCUCCUCCCACACAAACGGGAUCAUCCGCACAUAAAACAUCUGUAAAAUAUUCCCAGUCAGACUCCAUUGUUCAUGGUCAGCUGAGAGGAAGACAGAAGCUUCCAGUCGCUUCACUCUGAGCUGCAGCAGCCGUUCUUUAUAAGGAAAACAGAAAAUGUGUUAGUUUUCUCCAUCCUGCCGGAAGCAGAGACCUAAACAAUAUGGUGGAGAUGAGGUCCUCCAUAGAUCCCAGAUUUCCUGCAAAAAUCCCAGAAAACUCAUAGAUCCCAAAAAUCCUGCAGUGAUCCCAAAAACCUUCCAGAGAUUCAAGAACCCCUGCAGUUCCCAGGAUUUCUCCAGAGAUCCCAGAACUCCUUCAGAUGUCCCAGAAAUUCUCUAGAGAUCCUAGAACUCCUCCAGAGAUCCCAGAAAUCCUGCAAAGAUUCCAGAUCUUCUGUAGAAAUCCUAGAAAUCUUUGAAAGAGGCCAGAAAUCCUGCAAAGAUCCCAGAGCUCCUGAAGAGUUCCCAGGAAUCCUCCAGAGAUCCCAGAACUCCUUCAGAUGUCCCAGAAAUUCUCUAGAGAUCCUAGAACUCCUCCAGAGAUCCCAGAAAUCCUGCAGAUUCCAGAUCUUCUGUAGAAAUCCUAGAAAUCUUUGAGAGAGCCCAGAAAUCCUGCAAAGAUCCCAGAGCUCCUGAAGAGUUCCCAGGAAUACUCAAGAGAUCCCAGAACCCCUGCAGAGUUCCCAGGAAUCCUCCAGAGAUCCCAGAACCCCUGCAGUUCCCAGGAAUCCUCCAGAGAUCCCAGAACCCCUGCAGAGUUCCCAAGAAUCCUCCAGAGAUCCCAGAACCCCUGCAGAGUUCCCAGGAAUCCUCCAGAGAUCCCAGAACCCCUGCAGUGCUCUCAGAAAUCAUCCAGAAAUCUCUGAAUUUUUACAGAGUUCCCAGAAAUUCUGCAGAGAUCCCAAAUAAAUCCCUGAACUCCUGCAGUUUCCAAAUCUCCUCCAGAGAUCCCAGAACUCUUCCGUAAGUUUCCUCUCGUCUCACAGCCAGCAUCAGCUCAUGUCUACCUGCAGAGAGGACUGCCUCUCACGUGUUUUCUUGCCUCCUGUCAGAAGAAAGUGCCAUAAUAUCUAAAAUAAUUCAGCAAUAUUUCUAAAUAAAAAUGUUACUUUUGAGAACAUUUAGGUGGUUUUUAGCUGCAGAUCUAAAGUGCCAAAAUAAGAUGUUCAAACGAGUCAUUUUCCUUCUGAAGAGAUAUUUGAAAAGCGAACCUGGUGGCUUCUGUGGAACGAGAACAACCUUCAUAAAUGCGUAAAACUCAAGGCUGAACUUCAGACGAGCAGAACAACAAGGCAAAACAGCAGAAACACAAAAGAUGGAUAAAAGAAGCGAUCGAGGUAAGGAGACGUGGAUGCGGGACCAUGAACAGGGACGAUGGGGUUUACUCGUUGGGACUGCAUCGUCGCAGAGGGGAGAGCGGGCAGCAGAGGGCGACAACGUCCUCUGCUGCCCGCGGAUAAACGACGUAGGAAGUGACGCCACCAUCGGCGUCAGCUCUGACAAAGUUUGCAGCCGCAAACGAAACGCUGCAGGUAAAUAAAACCUUUCUGUUUUUAAAAGAACGGAAAGAUGGAACGUUUUAGUAAGGAUGCUACGCAACGUUUGAUCAACGAGACCCCCGGUCCAGAAAAGAGAACCCAGUUCUGUUUUCAUAGCCGACUACAAAUAACUGGCUUUGUCAUACGAAGGCGGAGGACAUCUUGUUCUCGUCAGAUGAUUCAGCUCCACUGUGCCUGCACGUCUUCAACAUCCUACAGAAACAAACCUUGUUGCGUCGUGGGACAAAUAAAAGAUUCCUGUCGCUCUGGUUUCCAUCCACCCUAACCCGAAGGCGUUUCCAUCGAGUCAGUCAGACGGAGGUUCGGUCACUCUCAAGUGUGAAUAUUUGAAUUAAAUCAAUAAAUCCUAAUGAAUGCACUUAAAUGAAAA